AUGAAUAAAAACUAUCCUCGCGAAAUACACAUCCAAAAUGGGAAAACUAUACACAAUCGAAGUGCUUUGAGUAAUGGCAAGGAAGAAAAUAGCAAGUUAGAACGAAAUUUAACUAUCCACUGGUGCGAAUCUGAAAUGUCUUAUCAUGAGCUAUCCCGUGAAUAUACUGGGGUCGAUAUACGCAAUAACGAAUUGCAAAAUAAUAAUUAUCUUGCUGAACCUGGUGGCCAAUUAAGACCUGCAAUCUCAGAAGUUGAAGGGUUGGACAGAUACGCUAAACAAUGCUUAGAAGAGAGAUCUGUAACACCACCUGAAAGAAAUGGCUAUAUGAAUGGUCAUUCAACUAAAUCGGAUGCUAAUCACGUUUCUACAGAAUCGUCUUCUUCAUUUAAAAGGCAUCCUACUCAUAAAAAUGAUCAAAAAAAUGUACAAAAGCAACCAGAAAGCCUGACAGUUUUUGAGAAAUUAUGUCAAAAGUUUUCUAAAGAUGCAACUUAUAAGAAUGAAAUACGUGCUGGAAAACGAUUGGGAUUUUAUCGAUUUGUUCUGGAUAUUGGAAGAGGGAACUUCUCAAAAGUCAAGCUGGCACUUCAUAGUUUAGUCAAUAUCGAAGUUGCAGUCAAGGUUAUUGACAGAACUAAAUUUGAUGAGAAAACUCGACGCUUACUUUCGCAAGAACUAACAAACAUGGAACGUUUACAUCAUCCACACAUAAUUCGUGCAUAUGAAGCACAUGAGGUAUUACAACGUUGGCAUUUAGUUAUGGAAUAUGCGCCUAAAGGUGAACUUAAUUCAUAUUUAAAACGAUCUGGUCGAUUGGAUGAAAAAACAUCAAAAAAUUAUUCUUCACAAAUACUUUCAGCUCUUGAUCACUUACACAAUAAUGGUGUGGUCCAUCGAGAUCUAAAGGCGGAGAAUGUUUUCAUCGUCAGCAACAUGUAUGUUAAACUUGGUGAUUUUGGCUUUUCUAAAUGUGUGGCUCCAGAUGCUGCCUUGACAACGUUCUGUGGCUCUCCGCCAUACGCUGCUCCUGAGUUAUUUGUUGCGGAUUCUUACACAGGACCAGCUGUGGAUCUUUGGGCUCUUGGUGUUCUCUUAUUUUAUAUGGUGACUGGAAGUUUGCCUUUUAAAGCGGAUAGUUUACACAAAAUUAAACGUUUAAUCCUAUCAGGUGAUUACCGAAUCCCAGCCUAUGUUUCAAAUGAUUGUCAAACAUUAAUCUCAGGAUUAUUGGCGACUAAUGUUGAACGCAGAUAUACCGUAUCUCAGGCGAAAAGUUCCAAAUGGUUCAAUGAUAUUGACUGGCAGCAUCUAAUGAAGCAUAAAGAUCCAACUCCUGAUGAGAUUGAUGAUGCAUCUGCUCGGUAUCUAUUGAAAAAAUGGUGGGAUGUAGACUCUUAUGAAUUAGAUAAAGCAUUGAGUGAAGGCCCUAAAAACAAACUAACUGGUAUUUAUCGUAUUCUUCGUAGUAAAGGUUUACAAUACAAGAAAGAUCCUACCUUACCUGAUCAAAAAUAUAAAAAUAAACGAGGUCGAGUUAAACGUAAUGGUUCUUGUAGUACCGGUAAAAAUAAACCACGACCAGCUAGUGUAUCACAUAAAGAAUUAACAACUGUUGAUUUGAGAGAUCAAAAAUCUAUAAAAAAUGGUGAAAACUCUACACGAACUUGCAACAUUUUGUAAAAAAAAUAAAUAAUGUAUAAUUCAUUUUCAUUUUAU